AUGCUGUUCUGGCCUUCAAACCGCUUGACAGGCCUUGAGCUUUCUGGCUCGUGUGACUUCUACCUGGACGACAUCGGGCUUUGCGACUACAUCCUGAUCUACCUCUUGGAGUUCAGGGAGUUCAGGAAGUCAGUUGAAUGGUGGCUGCACAGCACCGACUUGGAGAAGACGACCACCUUCAACCUGGCCGCGAGGUUUGCAAUGAGACAGAAAGGUGCUGCUCGACUUCGUGCCCUGGAGUUGGAACUUGCCUGUGUCCCUGAAGCUGAAGUUCCGGAUGAGACGACUGGGGACGUCGCGAAGGUGCCAGCCAAGUACGACUUUGGCAUCCAACGCAUAAUGGCCGCUUGUGAAGAGAUGGUUGGACGGUCAGCUACUGACCGUAAGGGGGAGUUGCGUGAAAGGUAUUGCUUGACUCUGAAGAGAGGCAACUCCGAGAGUGUGACCAACUUCGCACUCCGAUAUCGGACUCUGGUGGCUGAGAUGAAGGCUGAGGGCAUCCAGAUCGAUGAGGGUGAGCAGUCCUGGUUCUACAGGCAGAAGCUGCUGCUCUCCAAGAUGCAAAAGCAGAUGCUUGAGACGACGCUGGGAGCUGCUACUGAGAACUACAUGGAAUGCGAGAAGGAAUCCAUCAGGCUCUUCAAGCGGAUCGACAACGUGGGAGGCUUUGCUAGACCUGGUGGGGGCCCAAGCAACUUUGGAAGGCGCACUCCAUCUUUGACUUCGUCUACGUUGUCCCGGUUUCGUAGGAGCUUUCCACCUUUGAGCGCUUCUUCAUCGACCUCUUCAACCUGGAGACGCGGUGGUGGACGACCUAUGCAAUCAGUGCAUGUGACCGAGACUGAGGAGCACGAGGCGGAGCAUGGUGGUGAAGAUGAAGUUCAACCAGAAGUGCACGAGACUUCAAAUGAACCUGCGGAUGAGGACUUCGAUGAUGAUGGUGAACUUCAAGGUUUGCAAUCAGUGCUUGAGGUGAUGGCCGCCGAGUUGGACGAAGUGGCAGAAGCUGGUGGUGAUGAAGAAGAACUACAAGGAAUUGAAGAUUGA